AUGUCGGAAGUGAGCAACCAGCUGCCAGCAGACCCCGUCUCUAAGGUUGGAGUAAUCACUUCACUCAACAAGGCCCCUGAUGGCUACUAUGUUGUUGCACAAACAACAGAUGGCUCCGACGCCGACCUGUGGAAGGACGGCUUAUUCAAAUCCAAGGUCACACGCAACCUCUGUUUCACCAGAAAAACUGGCGCUGACGUUGUCGUGGACAUGAAGCUGAUUGACGUUAAGGACACAUUGCCAGAGGGCUUCACACCUGUGGAAGAAACAUUGGACACAAAGGAAACUGCCAUGAGGAAGAGGAGGCUCUGUGUGAAAACCAGCCCAUGUGCGGCUGCUGUGACAGCUGUAUACGACAUCCAGAUUAUUGCAAAGUCCAAGCACCAUCUUGUUAACUACACCUGCGUAGGGGAGAUAAACAGUAUGGGGAUAUGGUACCGAAUGGGAGAUGUUUCUCAGCCUCGGCCCUCCCUGGAAACGUCCAGGACAGCUAACAGUGACGCUCCAGCCAACACUUGCAAGAGAAGAACCGCAAGCAGGCCGGACUAUGAGCACCAGAGCAGUGGGAACUACACCAUGACGGCUCUGGACGAUGUGCCCUUUGUGAUCCCUGAGAAGUUUUAUGAAAACCGCAAAGAGAUGCAGCAAGUCAAUUUAAUGGGCAUUACGAUCAAAUCCCUGGCAGAGAUCGAGGAGGAAUUUUACUACAACUUCACCACAGAGCGAAGCAUUGCUGUGUGA